AUGGUCUCCAAUGAAACCCACCAGUAUAGAGGGAUUAUCCAGUUGCUUCUACAUUUCGGAUGGAGGUGGGUUGGACUCUUUGUUGUGGAGGAUGAAAGCGGAGAGCAUUUCUUGCAGGUGCUGGAGCCACUGUUUUCCCAGAAUGGGAUCUGCUCAGCUUUCACACAGAGAAUCCCAACACAACCAUACUGGCAUCACGGGGCUGAAAUGACCAAUUUGGCCUCAGAUAUUUACCUUUAUUUCACAGAAAGCAAAGCCAGUUCAUUUCUCAUCUAUGGAGAAACCAUGACCCUUAUGUGGUUGAGUACAACUUUGAUCCUAGCAGUUCCUGGAUAUAAGGAAAUCACAUCUCUUGGAAAGGUGUGGAUCUUAACAGCCCAGAUUGAUUUAGCUGCCAUCAGCCUCCAAAAGGGCCUUGAUUUCCAGCCAUUCCAUGGUACCGUUUCCUUCAAAAUCCAUUCAAGUGAGCUUCCAGAGUUCCAGAACUUUCUCCGUAACAUAAAACCUGACUGGACCCAAGGAGAUGGGUUUGUCAAAGAUUUCUGGGAGCAAGCAUUCGACUGUUCAUUUCCAAAUUCCCAGGAGCCUGUGGAGAUCAGUGAGACAUGCACCGGGGAAGAGAAGUUGGAGAGCCUUCCAGGACCUGUUUUUGAAAUGAGACUGACCGGCCACAGCUACAGUAUCUAUAAUGCUGUUUAUGCCGUGGUGUAUGCUUUCCAUGCCAUGUACUCUGCUCAUUCUAGGCACAGGGCAAUGCUGAAAGGUGAAAAGAUUGAACUACAAGAUCUGAAGCCCUGGCAGCUCCAUCCAUAUCUGCGAGGCGUCUUGUUUAACAACUCGGCAGGCGAAACGGUGUCUUUUAAUGGCAACAGGGAAAUGGGAGCAGGAUUUGAUAUCAUGAAUCUGGUCACCUUCCCAAACGCAUCUUUCCUGAACAUGAAAGUGGGAAGGGUGGAUCCCAAUGCACUCCAAGGACAAGAAUUUGCUAUCAAUGAGGAUACAAUGGUGUGGCACAAAGGUUUUAACCAGGUGCUGCCCAUUUCUCUGUGUAGUGACUCCUGCCAGCCUGGUUAUCGGAUAAAGAGGAAGGAAACAGAGAAGUUUUGCUGCUAUGAUUGUGUUCCAUGCCCGGCAGGGAAGAUUUCAAGUCAGAAGGAUAUGGAAGACUGUGUCAAAUGUCCAGAUGAUCAGUAUCCAAGCAAGAAUCGAGAUGGAUGCAUCCUCAAAAUUAUAACUUUUCUGUCUUAUCAAGAACCUUUAGGGAUCAGUUUAGCCUGCAGUGCAGGUUUUUUUGCCCUGACCACAGCUUUGGUUCUAGGGACUUUUAUUAAGUAUAAAGACACCCCCAUAGUCAAAGCCAACAACCGGGAUAUCACCUACAUGCUUCUCAUCUGCCUUUUACUCUGCUUCCUCUGUCCCUUGCUCUUUCUUGGACGACCUAAGGCGACCUGUUUCCUCCAUCAAUCUGCUUUUGGGACCAUCUUCUCAGUGGCCGUUUCUUGUGUUUUGGCCAAGACCAUCACUGUGGUUGUAGCUUUCAUGGCCACCAAACCAGGGUCCAACAUGAGAAAAUGGGUGGGGAAAAGGCUGACCACCUCCAUUGUCCUUUCAGGUUCUCUUAUUCAGGCAAGCAUUUGCGCAUUCUGGCUAGGAACAUCUCCCCCUUUCCCAAAUUUAGACAUAUAUUCCAUGGAUGAAGAGAUUGUAGCAGAAUGUAAUGAGGGAUCAGUUACCAUGUUCUAUACCGUCCUGGGCUACAUGGGACUUCUGUCCAUUAUUAGCUUGUCCGUGGCUUUCCUCGCGAGGAAGUUGCCGGACAGUUUUAACGAAGCCAAGUUCAUCACCUUCAGUAUGCUGCUGUUUUGCAGUGUUUGGGUAUCUUUUGUACCAACCUACCUGAGCACCAAAGGGAAAUACAUGGUAGCCGUGGAGAUCUUCUCUAUCUUGGCCUCCAGUGCUGGGUUACUGUGUUGUAUAUUUGUCCCCAAAUGUUACAUUAUUCUACUAAGACCAGAGCUGAACAAAAGGGAACAGUUAAUACGGACUAAGAGUUAA